CUCUGCGUGUUUUCCGCAUGGCAACGCUACCUUCGCGCCACAAGAAAAACAUAAAAAAGGUAGACGGGGGAAGAAGCACUGCGAGCAGGCCGGCGUGGACCGGAAUUUACGACACCUGGCUGCUCGUCACGCAACGUGGACGCCGGUGGGCUUGACAGAGCGUGUCGCCAUGACAGCAGAGGAGUCCAUCAACAUCAAGGAGGCGGAGGUGGUCAAGCUGGUCCUCGACUUCCUCAGCUCCAGGAAGCUGCACAUCAGCAUGCUGGCCUUGGAGAAGGAGAGCGGCGUCAUCAACGGGCUCUACUCUGAUGACAUGCUCUUCCUCAGGCAACUCAUUCUGGAUGGUCAGUGGGAGGAAGUGAUGCAGUUCAUUCAGCCUCUAGAAGGGCUGGACACGUUUGACAAGAAAAGAUUUCGCUACAUCAUUCUGAAGCAGAAGUUUCUCGAGGCGCUGUGUGUAAAUAACGCCAUGUCUGCAGCCGAAGACCCUCAAAAUCUGGAGUUCACCAUGCAGGAGGCCGUCAAGUGCCUCCACAAUCUGGAGGAGUUCUGCCCCUCCAAGGAGGACUACAGCAAGCUCUGUCUCCUCCUAACGCUGCCUCGCCUCACCCACCACGCCGAGUUCAAGGACUGGAACCCGAGCACGGCGCGUGUCCACUGCUUCGAGGAGGCCUGCGUCAUGGUGGCCGAGUUCAUCCCGGCUGACAGGAAGCUGAGCGAGGCGGGCUUCCGGGCGAGCGGGAACCGCCUCUUCCAGCUGCUCAUUAAAGGGAUCCUGUAUGAGUGCUGUGUGGAGUUCUGUCAGAGCAAAGCAACCGGAGAGGAGAUCACAGAAGGCGAGGUUUUGCUCGGUGUAGACCUGCUCUGCGGAAACGGUUGCGACGAACUGGAUCUGUCGCUGCUGUCCUGGCUGCAGAACCUUUCCCCGGGUGCCUUUUCAUGCGCCUUUCAGCAACAGACCCUCAACAUCCACGUGGACCGCCUGGUGAAGCCCAGCAAGGCGGGCCACGCCGAUCUCCUCACUCCGCUCAUCAACCGUCUCUCCCCCUGCCCGACCUCACCUUUCCGCCAGCGGCCUCACUCAGCCGACACCUACAUGUCCAGGUCUUUGAACCCGGCUCUGGACGGGCUGUCCCACGGCUUAGCGGCCCAGGACAAGAGAGGAACGGAGGCCGCCGUGAAAUCUGCUCUCAGUCGUAGCCUGGUGGAGAACAAUGUUCAUCAGCUGGACGACUCACCCGAGAGAAAGCACCCACGGGGACUGGAAGGUCCCAAGACCACACGCACACCUCUGACUCCUGGGAGAGACGGUGGAACGGCUUCGUGCACAGAGACACUUGAGCGGCGGGACUCCACGGAGCACAUGCAGGAGUAUUACAGGCAGCGUCUGCGUGUGCAGCAGCAUCUGGAGCAGAAGCAGCAGCAGAGGCAGCUUUACCAGCAGAUGCUGCUUGAGGGAGGAGUAAAACCGCAAGAUGGAGCCCAAAACAACCUGACAGAGACCUUCCUCACUCGAUCCAUCCAGAAACUGGAGGAGAUGAAUGUUGGCAUCGAUGAGGUGACACAGCAGUGGAAUGGACUGGCAGGUGAAACCACAGACCCAGAGGUGAUGCACAGGCCAAAGCCAGGAGGUGUAAACAGCACGUUAGGCAAUGGUCAUCAUGGCCUGCAACACCCCAGUGAGCCUCCAGUUCUUGCAAGUGCGGAGAAGACUGUAGGGCCUGUACAAGAUGAUUCCAGCAGCCAUGCGACACGUUGCACAGCACAGCAGCCAGGAAAGUCCAAAACCCAGUUUGUUAAAGUGAACCAGCUGGAAGACACGCAGGCAGUACGAUCUGUAGCCUUCCAUCCCUCUGGGUCACUUUAUGCCGUUGGUUCCAACUCUAAAAUUCUGAGAGUUUGUGCCUAUCCUGACGUACUGACAACCAGCACUUGGGAUGCAGUCAAGCAGCCGGCUGUGCGCUUCAGGAGGAACAAACACCACAAAGGCUCUAUCUACUGUGUCGCCUGGAGCCACUGUGGACAGCUGCUGGCCACCGGCUCCAAUGACAAAUAUGUCAAAGUUCUGCCUUUUAAUGCUGACAGCUGUAAUGCAACAGGUCCCGAUCUUGAGUUCAGCAUGCAUGACGGUACCAUCAGGGACUUGGCUUUCAUGGAGGGUCCCGAGAGUGGAGGGUCCAUCUUGAUUAGCGCCGGAGCUGGAGACUGCAACAUCUACACCACUGACUGCCAGAGAGGCCAAGGCCUUCACGCCCUGAGUGGGCAUACUGGCCACAUUCUGACUCUGUAUACAUGGGGAGGGUGGAUGAUCACUUCUGGAUCCCAGGACAAGACAGUCCGCUUCUGGGACCUGCGGGUGCCCAGCUGUGUACGUGUGGUGGGCACAACCCUGCACGGCUCAGGAAGCGCUGUGGCCACAGUAGCAGUAGAUCCUAGCGGCCGCCUACUCGCCAGCGGCCAGGAGGACAGCACCUGCAUGCUCUAUGACAUCAGAGGAGGCCGCAUCGUCCAGACUUACUGUCCCCACAGCAGCGACAUCCGCUCGGUACGCUUCUCCCCCGGAGCUCAUCAUCUCCUCACCGGAUCCUACGACAACAAAAUCAUCAUCAGUGACCUGCAAGGUGACCUCACAAAAGCGCUCCCUCAGACGUUGGCAGGGGAACACUGGGACAAGGUGAUCCAGUGUAGGUGGCAUCCCAAAGACAGAGCCUUCCUCUCUUCCUCAGCUGACCGCACCGUCGUCCUAUGGGCCCCCGGGGAGAGUCCGAGUGCUCAACGGAAAACGCAGGAUGUUAUGAUGACCUGGACACGAUGCAUGGUCAACGGUAAGAUGGAACUGACAAAAGGUCAACUCAGUUCCGCGCUGCAACUGAACUUCAAUGAACACGAUGACACCCGUGAACUUCCCUGCUGGUGCUUGGGUUCUGCCGCUGGUUCUGUGGCGUAAAACACACAACGAGGAAGAAUGAAGAAGUUUGUCGGAGCGAUGGAGGCCACCGGGGAGUAAAAAAAGAGGGACUGUCA